AUACAAUCAUAGAAUCAUAAAGAUUAUAAAGAAUAGAAAGAUAAACGUGGAGGUUCAAAGUAUCUAAAGAGAGAUGAGCGUAUUGGCCAUGUACAUAUACAGAAACGCCAUCUGAUAAACCAGUGAAAUAGAUGGAUCUUGUGAGAUAAAGAAACCGUGAGAGAGGACACAUGAUCACGUGGCCUAGAGUGUCUAUGUCUUCAUAUUAACAGCAUUAGAUCAUAGCUUGUUUACACAAGGUACUCACAGAGAUCAAAGGAACAUAUUAUAAGGAGAUGAACUCCUAUGUGGUGAUUGCUGCUACAGAUUUUUCGAUAUUAAACCAAGUCUGAUCAUAAGAAAGAAAAUAGAUACACUAAAUGUAGUAAGCAGCAUAUGGAUCACUGGAUAAGAUAAGAUUAGAUAAGAUAAGAGAAUAGCUUUGUUCCUAAGCUGAUUCAUGGACCGAAGCAAAAGCAGCUGCAUAAAGUAUAUAAAAGAAAUUGAUCACACAUGAUCAUUGAUCUUGGAGUUGUGUAAAAGACAAUCCAAUAACAGUCCAUAUACAUAUGAGAAUUUAUAAAGAAAUUCCUUGUGCUUAUACUAAACCUAAAAGAGGUUAGAAGAAUGAUACAAAACAUAUCUGUAGGCGUCCAGCACAUUGGCUGAGAGCGUCCGGUCCUUCAAACUAGAGACGUCCGACUCUGUCCGUCCAAGGGCGUCCAGCUCUUCAGCAAAGAGCGCCCAGAUUUUCUAGACACGUCCGACUUUAGACCUAAAAGGCGUCUGACCUUUCUUCUUGGUCACGGGCUAAUAGAAACUAAAGAUCAACCAUCAGGUUGCAAUCCGACAUUAGAUCCCUUAAGGAUCCAGCAUAGCAGAAUGGCCUGCUGCUGUAUGAACUCCAUAAAUCUUUGUCAUAAGAUUAAAAGGAGACAUCUAAUCUGUCGGAUACCAAAGAAGUAUUGUAGCCCAUAAAGCUUAUGAGAUAUAUGACCUAAGGUCAUUAGGCGUCAUUAAGAUAUGAACGCAAGGAAUAAGACAUUACUUAAAGCAAAGGAAUUGAUGUCCACAUGUGAGAUACAUGAGAGUGUGUUCGGCCGAAGAGCCAUGAUAAGAGAUUAUAAAACCUCAAAGCAAUAAUCAUUGAACACUCAUAAGAUUAAUAAGUGGACAUGUAUGGACGUGGUCUAUGGACUGGACAUUGAUCGACCAGAUUGAAACAUGGCAGAAUGGUUAUCAUAGUUAACCAAAAGUAAAGAGUAUAGAAGUAGAUGAUCACGUCUGAAUCAUGAAUACAUGCAAACACGUUUUGCAAAGACCAACAUGUGAUUCCCGAGGACAAUGUGGUUCACAUUGCUUAGCACACAUGCUUUAAACGGGACACUCAAUGUCAAAGGACAUGAGAAACGACCUAAGAGGUCUAAGUGGUCUUAAUUACGGUGCAGUAAUGAAACUGGCCGAUUACUCCCUUCCUACACAGACAGGAUAGAUCACGCAUCAAGAUGCGUAGUAUGUAGAACCUACACCGAGGUUCACAUCAGGGAGAGUAGUGCGUGUUGUACUCUUUUUCCUUCAUCAUGGUUUUGUCCCACUGGGUUUUCCUGAUAAGGUUUUAAUGAGACAACAUUAAGCGUACUACAAAUCCUGUAUGCGCCAGUUGAAGGAUCUUCGGUGAUGCCUUCAUCAGGGGGAGUGUCAUGUGUUGUACUCUUUUUCCUGUCUACGGUUUCCAUUUUUUCCCACCUUAGGUUUUUGGUUUUCCUAUGGAGGUUUUAAUGAGACAACGUCGUGCAUGAUACAAAUCCAUAUGGUUAUGGCAUCCAAGGGGGAGUGUUAUAAAUCAUUAUGUGGAUGGCCAUAACCAAGACCAAGACAAGGCCCAGCCGUGUACAAGAGGAGAGAGAGUCGGCGGCCAAGUUCCUAGUCGGCCAAGACUUAAGAUGUUUUCCAUUUAUCUAUUUUAGAUCUUUUCCUAUUUCAUGUUGUAUUAGGUUUUAGAUAAUUUCAUUUUUCCUAUAUUUUGUAAUCCUUAUAUAAAGAACCUCUAUUACUCAUUAAUAAGACACACGAAAUAUUCAGUCUCAAAUCCUUCGUUUACAACAAUAAUAUAGUUUUAAUAUAAUGUGAUUGCGACGAUUUCAAGAUUAAAUUUGAAAUGCAUAAAACUCAAUCAUUCAAGGUAAAGCGAGAUAAAAUGGUCAAACAGAUAACAUUGUGAAAAAAUAUAAAUAAUUUUUAAUAUAUUUUUUAUGAAAAUUUUAUUUAUUUGUUUCAGAACAAAACAAAUAUAUAAAUUUGCGUGUCUUAUUUUUCUCUUCUCCCAGUUAAUUAAAUACCACGAGAAUCGAUCUACCUUUGAGACACGCUAAAAUUGAUAACAGCCUUACUGAAAAGUUAAAUAAAAGCGUAAUAACUAAAGCAUGCUACCUUUUUUCAAGAUUAAGUUCUUUCAAGAUUACAAGAUUUUCUGACCCAAAAAGAAGAAAAUUAAAAAUUAGCCUUUUGAUAGUCUUUAAAGACCUAGAGAUCGAAAGAUUUAAAAAGGCGUCGUGUUUAUGACGGGACCCUUCAACUGUAAAUAUGUCCUCCAAAUUCCCGGAACCUCUCUCACUGCCUGGUUAUUAAUUAUAAUAUUACACUACUAGUUGAUUAGCUAUCUCAUAGUAAUAUUUUUGUCAUACUUACUCAAGCAUGCUACCUUCUUAAGAUUAGCCUAAGAGUUUAUUUGUUAUGUAAAUUUUUGUUUCUUUUCUUGCAUUGUUUUUCUUGUAGUUCUUUGUUUUCGAUGUGUGCAAUUUUAGAAUCGAUUUAUUAUCUUAAAUAAAAGCAGAAGAAAUGGACUCGGGCAUUCAAGAUCGACCCUAUCAGGGCUACAAGGCUCGUGAGAUUUACCAUGUUUUAGGGUUAAAAUCAGAUGAAAUACACUCUUUUCUGAAAGCAACAUUCCACAAAUUUAUCAAAAUCCACCUCUGUUAAAUUGUGGUUUGUAAUUAGCAAAGCAUAUUAUUUGACCGGAAUGUUGUCCCCAGACAAAACCACAUUAGCCUCAUUAUUGGUUUGAAACAAACAAGGCCAUCGAAGAGGUAAUGGGACCUUUAGUAGAUUGGUAUUAUAAGAACUUCCAUAAUAUUACAAUUCGUCCAUGACAAUUAUAAUUAUCUAGGACAUAAAAUGAUAGAAUAGUUAGCAUUGGCACAAGUAAAAGUACUCGAAGCGUCGUCGUAUGCAUAGCUAUACGCCUUAGGGCAAGCUCCUUUAAAAAUUCUCGAGUAAUUCGUCGGUGGACAAGUCUCCGGUUUAUUGAACACACCGGUGCAACAAUAAUCCGGUUUGCCAAAAGCCUCGCAUGCGCUCUUACACGCCACAACAUUCGCCCCGUCCAUAACGCGUAGCUCUUUCGGACAGCGCCUGUUCAGGUCCGCAACGCAUCCAAUGCUUUGGCAAUCGCCAUAGCCGCCUCGUGUCGUGAUUCUCAUCUGGAUGUUGUAACCGUCCACGAGGCUGUAGCUAUGAUGAAGGAGAAGAAGAGAAGGUGUAAACGGGAGGAAUUCGCCAUUUUUAAUCUCUCAAUUUCUCAAGUAUCUACCGAAUGUGUAAUGAUGAAUGUAAGUUAAUGGCACUGAUCCCUCUAUCCAUAGGUCUUUUUCAAUUACUCUACCGACGGGAUUUUAUAAUUUCUUUUAAGAAGAUAAUAGUCUAAAAAAGAUAGCCUAGCAAUCCAAAUUUUAAUAUGUAAAAUUUUGAAAUAAAUAUCUCGGUAUAAAUUGAUGGGCCAAUGUACAGACAGAAUUAAAUUGGACAAGUUGUGCUUUAGCGGGCAUAAACAUAAGUCAUGUUCGUUUGAUAAACGCUGAGAUCAGCGGCAAACAAUAAAGCUACAACGAAAACAAAUUUAAUGGUGCUGAAACUAAAAGCAAUCGCCGCUGGACUAUCAGAGUUAAGAAAACGGAUAACCCAUAUAUGACUUUUAGCUAGGUUAGGAAGGCUCAACAAAGACAUACAAUGAAUCGUGCCAACGUUAGUGGCUGCCAAACACAAUGAUAAUAUCUAUUAACAAAUACAAUCAUAAUCGGUACUAAUCUAACGGAUUAUAGAAUAGACCAACAAAUGAUUACAAUAUUUUCUAAAAUCUAUCCACCAAAGACCAUAUAUAUGAAAUGUACAAUUUUUCGUUAUUUUUUUCUUUGAUAAUUAAAACAAUCUUGUAUUGUACUCCCUCCGGAUACGAAUGUAUGAUGUUCCAUAUUUUUAUCUUGUAUACAAAUGUAUGAUGUUUUGAGAUAUAAUUAAUGCAUUUAGUUUUAAAAUUUAAACAUAAAUUAAAAAGUUAAAUUAUGAAAGGUGAAACUUUAUUGAUAUAACCAAAAAAUAAUCAUUAAAAUAGUGUAUUUAUCGUUUUUUAAUAUGUAUGUAAAACCUUGAACAUCAUACAAUUAAAUCCAGAGGGAGUAUUGGAUUAGUUAGACUAUAUAUGUCAUUGACUCUGGUUGCUUCACUUUUUUUUUUUGCCAACUGGUAUUUUAUUGAACAAAGUUAAAAAAAAAAGGCCUAAAAGAUUACUCAGCCUAUGACUCUAUGAGAUUAUGCAAUAAACAAAACGAAGAGAUCACUGGUUUAAAAAUGAAUUGUCUUUUUUUUGGUACGAAAUUGAAUUGUCUUUUUAUACCAAAAGCUAAUUUGUUAUUCAAGCCAAUACUUUGGGAAGCUAGAUGCCUAGAUGCACACAGUUGCAUACACAGGCAGACAUAUAAGGAUCGAGCCACUAAGUCUGGAAUUUUGUAUUACAGCAUAGCUCCUGUUUUUAAAGUCAUUAUGGUUUGAUUAUGAUUUUUGUGAUAUUUAUAUAUGUAGCAAACGCUAUUUAAUAGUUUAAAAAAUAUAUUGCUAGUAAACUAAAAGUAAUUGAUUAUUUCUCAAUUAUAAAAUAAUAAUUUAUAUAUGAAAAAAAAAUUGUGCAGAAAUUAAAACUAUAUGAGUUUUCUGCUAAUUUUGUAAAAUGUUCAAAAUGUUAAAGGUCAUAUUCAUACAAUUUUUUUUCCCUAUUCCUAGCUUUAACAUAAAAUAAAAAGUUAGUCCAUCCUUACACUAAGAAGCUCUUAAUCAAAUUUACGAAGACACAUAGCUUUUUAAAAAAAUUCCAUUAGACUUCUUGAAAGUACUUAGAAAUUUAACACGAACAAUACAAAAAGGCGAAUUAUUGAUUUGCAGAAAUUUCCUCACGACAACCACCAAAUUUCUCUAAGCAAGAACAGCGCGCUUUAGAUCAUUCAAUUUCAAACCUCCUCGAAACUAAACCAACAUUCAAAACCACGUGCUCCCUAAUAAAAUUUAUACCCGGUCCGAAUUAAUUUUUUUUUUUUUUGAUCAAACCCGGUCCGAAUUAAUAAAACCUGACCCGACGGGAUAACCUUAUAAAUAUGCUCAUGCAAACAAACAAACAACUCAAAACACUCUUCAUCAAAAUUAUUUGUUAUUUUAUGAUUUAAUUUGUUUUGUAAUGCAAAUAAAUUAAGUCCUAUAUGAACUGCAAGUAAUAUUUAUAGUGCUUUCUUGUUCUGCGAUUAAAAAGUUAAAUGUUUAAUAAAUACAGCACUAUUUUCCAUUUUAAAUGAAUUGGAUUUAUUCUACACCUACAAAGUUAAUAGCGUGUCCAUUCAGAGAUCAUUUUUUUUAAUUCAAGAAGUUUUGGAAUUCAAAACUGACACCUCUAUCCUAAGAGUAGAAAGUUUUAUCAGUAUAGCUACCAGCUCCGGCUAAGUGAUAUCUUUUUUUCAAAUAUCUUAGCAAUAAAAGAAAAGAAUAAAAAAAUAAAGGAAAGAAACCCAAAUGUUCAUCAAACAAGAUUUUGAGAUACCAAUUAGAUUUUUUUUUUGUCACAUGUUUAGUUACAAGUGGUUUUAUUCUUUAAAACUGAUAACAUAAUCAACCACAAAACGCUUUAUAAAUAAGCCAUGCAACACACACAAAUCAAAGUUUUUUUGAGCUAAUUUUUAAUUAUAUUAGCUUGACACAAAGCUGCAAAAGAAAAAGCCCACUUACCCUGAAUAAAACACGUGCUAGUAUUUAUUUAAAAGUUGUCAAUACAGUAUCGUGGAUACAUUCUCUUUUUGUUGGUCAUAUGAUCCACUAUAAAAAACAGCAACCUUGCUUCUCUUCACCAUACACUUUCAAGACACAAAACAAACAAAUAAUAGAAUAUCUCCACACAAAUCAAAGUUAAAACACACUUCAUAAAAUAAUUCCUCUCAUAAUCUCUCUCUAAAUGGCUUCUAACCACAAUAAGCUUACUUCUUCCAGAGUAGCGAUCAUCGGUGCUGGUGUCAGCGGUUUAUCAGCCGCUAAGCACUUAGCUCAUCACAACCCGAUCGUUUUCGAAGCCUCGGAUUCGGUCGGAGGUGUUUGGAAGAGCUGCACUUACGAGACGACUAAGUUACAAUCGGCUCGAGUCGAUUACGAGUUUUCUGACUUUCCAUGGCCCAAUAGAGAUGAUACAACUUUCCCAUCAUACAUUGAGAUAUUGGAUUACUUGGAAUCUUAUGCUGAGCAUUUUGAUCUCCUCAAGUUCAUGAAGUUUGGUUCUAAGGUCAUCGAAGUUAAGUACACCGGUGAAGGCGACGCUCUACAGAUGGUUGACCUCGGUGGUUACGGCAGCUUUUUGCCCGGAAAACCUGUAUGGGAAGUUGCUGUUCAGAACGGAGAUGCUAGAGAUAUUCAGUGGCAUGCAUUUGAAUUCGUGGUGGUGUGCACCGGAAAAUUCGGCGACGUACCAAGAAUACCAACGUUUCCGGUAAAGAAAGGGCCUGAGAUAUUCAAAGGGAAAGUGAUGCACUCAAUGGAUUACUGCAAGUUAGAGAAAGAAGAAGCUUCUCAUGUCCUCCGUGGCAAGAAAGUUGCGGUCAUUGGCUUCAAGAAAUCCGCUAUUGAUUUGGCUUUAGAGUCUGCUAUAGCCAAUCAAGCAGAAGGAGGACAAGCAUGCACAAUGGUGGUGAGAACAACACACUGGGUGUUCCCGCAUUAUUGGGUGUGGGGGCUGCCAUUUUUCUUGUUCUACUCUACCAGAGCUUCUCAAUUCCUUCAUGAUAGGCCUGACCAAAGCUUCCUAAGAACUCUCUUUUGCUUCAUAUUCUCUCUUCUGCGUGCCGUGGUUUCUAAAUUCAUCGAAUCAUAUGUUACGUGGAAGCUUCCUCUAGAGAAAUAUGGUCUUAAACCGGACCAUUCUUUUGAAGAAGACUAUGCUUCUUGUCAAAUGGCGAUCAUACCGGAGAAUUUCUUCGAGGAAGCGGAUAAGGGUAUGAUUCGGUUUAAGAAAACAUCAAAAUGGUGCUUUUAUGAUGAAGGGAUUGAGUUUGAGGAUGGGACUACGCUAGAAUCUGAUGUUGUGAUACUCGCAACUGGUUAUGAUGGCAAGAAGAAGCUCAAGGCCAUUGUUCCUGAACCCUUUCGAACUUGGCUUGAGUUUCCAUGCGGUGUUAUGCCUCUAUACAGGGGAACAAUCCAUCCAUUGAUACCAAACAUGGGCUUUGUGGGAUACGUUCAAAGCAACUCAAACCUACACACAUCAGAGCUACGUUCCAUGUGGUUAAGCCGGCUUGUUGAUGGGAAAUUCGAAUUACCGAGCAAAGAGCAAAUGUUGGAUCAAUUCUCUAAGGAAAUGGAAGUGAUGAGAAGAUCGAGCAGAUUCUAUAAACGUCAUUGCAUUUCAACUUUCAGCAUCCAACAUGCUGAUGAUCUGUGUAAUGACAUGGGACUCAAUCCUUGACGUAAAUCCAACUUGUUCCUCGAAGCCUUUAGUCCUUAUGGUUCUCAGGAUUAUCGACUUGCUCAAGAAGAAACUAAUAUUUGAAUAUAAUAGUACUGAAGAAAUAUAUAACGAAUUGUUGCAUUUGAUGGAUUAUGUAUACUGUAUACAAUUAUAAAACUGUGCUGGCGAGUCAUUGAAUAAAGAGAAAUUAGUUAAAAUAACUCUAAUUAAUCAUAAAAUGACUAGACUAACUCAUAUAAUUUUGAAAUUACUAGACUAACUCUUGAAAUAUACAAACUUACGGUUUUGCCAUCAGUAAAAUAAAGCUUAAUUAGAAAAAGAAAUACAUUUUAAUAUUAUGAAAGGAACAAAAAAAAAGCAAAUACUUUGUCGGGUUUCUUCACCAAACGCUCUCUUCGUCGUCUCCGUCACCUCCAUCUCCGACGGUCCCUUUUUCCUCACAACCGCCUUUGUCUCCGUCAUCUCUACCGUAAUUCGACUUUGUCUCCGGCAUCCUCCACGAUAAUUCACCUUCGUCUCUUUCCUACUCGACAAACUCGAAAUCGAUUUCACCACAGUCACAUCCGGCUUCAAUUGCAAGUUACUCUAAUCUGUUUAAUUUAGCAAAGAGAGCAACAACCUCUGCAAACUCAACUCUUACAAGCACUCUGGAAGACGGUGACCACCAUUCAGGUAGCUGACAAGGAGAAAGGUGUGGUACUUGAAACCACCAAGACAAAGAAACAAAGCAAGCUUAAGCUCUAUGUUAACAAGUCUGUCCUCAAGGAGUUCCCUAUGAUGGCCAAAGCUGUUGCGAACCAGGUAUUGAACCUGAUUUGAAGAAGACAACACUUGCUAGCCUCAGCGUGAUCAGAAAAGGCCUUAGAGUCGCCAAGUCUGGUCCCAAGGAAAGGAAGCAAGCUUAAAGAUUUGACCGUUUACUGAACAUUUUACUUCUGAAAAACCUUUGUUUUGUGAUUUCAGACAAAUUUUUGUAGGUUAUAAAGAUCUUUCAUGGACAGUUCACUUUCUUGCUUAAAACACCUCCAUUGUUUUGUUUUUUUCUUUCUCGGAAUGAUAUUAAAAUGUAGUAAGCUGGUUGCUGUCUAGCUGCUCUUUGAUCUUGAUAUUGUGAAUUAAAAAAAUAUGUUUUGCCUCAGGCUCCAAA